UCAGAAGAUAAAGCGAAAGCAGCGAACGCUGAUCAACAAACUUCCAGAGCUCCAUACAGCAGAAGAUUUCAAAGACACUUUAUACACAGAUAUUUAUAUAGAAGUUCAUCAUCAAGAUGCCUGAGAACGCCGCACAGCCCAUGAUGGAGGAGGAAGCCGAGACCUUCGCCUUUCAGGCUGAGAUCGCUCAGCUGAUGUCUCUCAUCAUCAACACCUUCUACUCCAACAAAGAGAUCUUCCUCAGAGAGCUCAUCUCCAACUCCUCAGAUGCUUUGGACAAGAUCAGAUAUGAGAGCCUGACAGACCCGAGCAAACUUGAUUCAUGCAAAGACCUGAAGAUUGAACUCAUCCCGAAUCUGAAAGAUCGCACGCUCACGAUCAUCGACACCGGCAUCGGUAUGACCAAAGCUGACCUCAUCAAUAACCUGGGCACCAUCGCUAAAUCCGGCACGAAGGCUUUCAUGGAGGCCCUGCAGGCUGGAGCUGACAUCUCUAUGAUCGGUCAGUUCGGAGUGGGUUUCUAUUCCGCUUACCUGGUGGCCGAGAAAGUCACAGUGAUCACCAAACACAUUGACGAUGAGCAGUAUGUGUGGGAGUCUGCAGCGGGCGGUUCUUUUACCGUGAGGCCAGACCUUGGUGAACCCAUCGGACGUGGUACGAAAGUCAUUCUUCACCUUAAAGAGGACCAAUCCGAAUACGUUGAGGAGAAACGCGUCAAGGAAGUCGUGAAGAAACACUCUCAGUUCAUCGGUUACCCCAUCACGCUCUUCGUUGAGAAAGAAAGGGAGAAGGAGGUUGACCUUGAAGAAGGAGAAAAGGAAGAGGAGGUGGCGGCCGGAGACGAUGCGGACAAACCCAAGAUCGAGGACCUGGGGGCUGAUGAGGACGAAGACUCCAAAGACGGUAAGAACAAGAGGAAGAAGAAGGUGAAGGAGAAGUACACUGAUGUUCAGGAGCUCAACAAGACCAAACCUCUGUGGACCCGUAACCCCGAUGACAUCACCAACGAGGAGUACGGCGAGUUCUACAAGAGCCUGAGCAACGAUUGGGAGGAUCACCUGGCGGUCAAGCACUUUUCAGUUGAGGGUCAGCUGGAGUUCCGCGCGCUGCUGUUUGUAACCAGAAGAGCCGGUUUUGACCUUUUCGAGAACAAGAAGAAGAGGAAUAACAUCAAGCUGUACGUGCGCAGAGUCUUUAUCAUGGACAACUGCGAUGAACUCAUUCCAGAAUAUCUCAACUUCAUCAAGGGCGUCGUGGACUCGGAAGAUCUUCCUCUGAACAUCUCCAGAGAGAUGCUUCAACAGAGCAAGAUCCUGAAAGUCAUCCGCAAGAACCUGGUCAAGAAGUGCCUCGAGCUCUUCACCGAACUCUCGGAGGACAAAGACAACUACAAGAAAUUCUACGAGCAGUUCUCCAAGAACAUGAAGCUCGGUAUCCACGAGGACUCCCAGAACCGUAAAAAGCUAUCCGAACUGCUUCGCUACUACACAUCUGCUUCCGGAGACGAGAUGGUGUCCCUCAAAGAGUAUGUGUCUCGCAUGAAGGACAACCAGAAGCACAUCUACUACAUCACCGGUGAGACCAAAGAUCAGGUGGCCAACUCCGCGUUCGUGGAGCGUCUGCGCAAAGCCGGUCUGGAGGUGAUCUACAUGAUCGAGCCCAUCGACGAGUACUGCGUGCAGCAGCUGAAAGAGUACGAUGGCAAAAAUCUGGUGUCCGUUACCAAGGAGGGUCUGGAGCUGCCCGAGGAUGAAGAGGACAAGAAGAAGCAGGAAGAGUUGAAGACCAAAUAUGAGAACCUGUGCAAGAUCAUGAAAGACAUUCUCGACAAAAAGAUCGAGAAGGUCACCGUCUCGAACCGUCUGGUGUCCUCGCCCUGCUGCAUCGUCACGAGCACGUACGGCUGGACGGCCAACAUGGAGAGAAUCAUGAAGUCUCAGGCUCUGAGGGACAACUCCACCAUGGGCUACAUGACUGCCAAAAAGCAUUUAGAGAUCAACCCUGUCCAUCCCAUCGUCGAGACCCUCAGACAGAAAGCUGAGGUGGACAAGAACGACAAGGCUGUGAAAGAUCUGGUGAUCCUGCUGUUCGAGACGGCACUGCUGUCGUCCGGCUUCACGCUGGAUGACCCGCAGACGCACUCAAACCGCAUCUACAGGAUGAUCAAACUCGGCCUUGGCAUUGAUGACGAUGACUCCGCUGUAGAAGAUAUUACUCAACCCGCUGAAGAAGAUAUGCCAGUUCUGGAAGGCGAUGGUGACACUUCUAGAAUGGAGGAAGUCGACUAAAGAGUUUUAGUGUAAAUACCACUAAAUUGUUAAUGUAUCGAUUAAUUCAUUGUUUUAUUUUUGUAAACACAUUUGCAUUAAAGGGAAAUCCCUUCUGGACCUUCCAGCUUUAAGACUGCAUUAGCAAAAGCCGACUUUUCUUUUCGUUUCUUUUCUUUUUCUUUUUGCUUCUAACUGCACACAGUUGAAUUUCCGAAUUUUAUAAUGAAAUGUUUUUUUGUAAACUGAAAAGUUUUUAAUAAAUUAGCAUUGAGCAAAUAUCA